AUGAUGUUCAUGAACAAAGAAUCCGACCCAAUCCUAUGUCGUACCUUCCCCACCUUCCUAGAUGGAGCCGCCCUGAUCUGGUUCUCCAACCUCCCUGAAGGCUCCAUUUCCAACUUCGAUGAGCUGGCCAACAAGUUCGUCAACCAUUUCGCAGCAUCCAAGAUAUACGUGCACAACUCCAACUACCUGAGCACUAUAAAGCAGGGGCCACAUGAAAGCUUGAAGGACUACAUAACCAAAAGUCCACCUUCACGCCUUAAAAAGCAGCCUCCGUCCUGGGAAAUUCCAAGACCAUACUACACUCCCCUCAACACCAAGAGAGAGGACAUCAUCAAAGACAUCCUGCAUUCAAAGCUCAUUAAGCCUCCAAACAGAGCUGGCACAUACCAAGACCAGCGAUACGUAGACAAAUCCAAAUACUGCACUUUCCAUCAGAAAUACAGACACAUAACAGAUGACUGCGUUAUAGCAAAGGACCUUCUCGAAAGGUUGGCCCGCCAAGGCCUAUUAGACAAGUAUAUUGAUACCCGAGGAAGAAAGCGAAAUACAGAAAACCUCGGCCAACAUUCCAAAACGACUGACAAUCCCCAAGAUAAAGGGAAAAAAGGCGGAGGAUGCACCAACUCGGCUAGGAAGAGAUCCUACCGGACUAUGAUGUCAGUGACGGGAUCAAGUUCGUCUCAAUCCAUCAACCCAGACAAACCAAGGAUCUCAUUCCUCCCCAAGGACUACAAGGCAAGCGAUCGCAACCUUGACGACCCAGUGGCCAUCUCUGCACAAGUUAGAGAGCCGUUGGUAAAGAAAGUCCUAAUGGACCCAGUGAGUAGUGCAUAUGUACUAUUCUACUCAACAUUUCAGAAAAUGAAGCUAAGUGACAAAGCCGUCCAACCAUCAUCCGGGAAACUGGUAGGUUUCUCAAGUGAGCGAGUUCCUAUCCGAGGUUAUAUCUGGUUACAAACUACACUUGGCAAUUACCCUGACUGUAAAACCAUAGACAUACAAUACUUAGUCAUUGAUUGCAAAAGUCCUUACAAUAUAAUUCUAGGAAGACCCUCAUUGAAUGCUUUCAAUGCUAUUAUUUCUACUGUGCAUUUGUGUGUUAAGUUUCUUUCGCAGGAUAACAAAGUAGUGAUAAUUCAUCGAGAUCAAAGAGAGGCCAAGAAGUGCUAUAAUGCCAGCCUAAAAAAUGAAUAUUCAAGACAACCUGAACAACAAUACGUCCAAGCAGUAUACAACUCAGAACAAUUACCCCAGUAG